AAACAGAAAAAAAAAAAAAAAAAAAGGGAAGAGAUAUUAAUAUGUAAUGUGAGAGGGUUUUGGUUGGGGGUUUGCAAAUUGCAAGUGCAGUUUGAAGCGUCUUCUUUUUACAUUAUAUGUAUGAAUCAUAAACGGAACCCUUUUUCUUAACCAAUCACCACCUUUCAGAUUCAGCAUCACAAACACAAUCCGUUUUUAAAUUAUCAUACCUGGAACACUCAAGCUAAGAACAUGGCAAAUCAACCAAAUAAUCCGCUAAGUUCUGCAGCACUUAUCCAGAAAACUGGUGAGGAUCAAGUAAUCAGUGUCCCUUCUGCUGCGGGCUUUAUAGAUUCAUUGGAACAACGGUAUCAAAAACUCAAAGAGCAUGCAGAAGCUUAUCCCUAUGUAUGGGCUUCCUAUAUUGUUGUAUAUGGUGGCUUUGGUCUCUGGACUACCUAUAGAUGGAGAAAGCUUCGCAGGACAGAGGACAGUGUACGCAAACUUCAACGAAGACUACGUGACCUCAUUGAAGCUGAACAACCUGCUAGUUCUGCCAAAGUGGUUGAAAAGGGUUCCACAUCUUCUGUGAAACCUUCCAAGUAGAUAUUCCUUACCAGUUACAAAAGCCAGGUAGAUAUUACUUUUCUUUACCGUCAUGGUUGCUGCUGGCUUGAAAUAAGAUUCUUUGGCUCCUCUAUUGAACUGAAUCAUUAGAGGAAAUCCUAGAUUAGAUUGUGCGUUGUGGACAUCGAUAGAAUUUGAAUCUUAUUUUUCCUUCCAAAGUUUUGUGGGUAUUAUUUUUUACCCAAUCAUUAGAUGUACUAUACUGCAUACUCUUGUAUGAGGAGACAUGUUAUGUAUAAAACCAUUCUUUGUUCUCACCAAA